AUGGAUUAUGUUGCUGCUAUUGACAUCGGUUCAACUAAUUUGAAAUGCCAAAUUUUUUCAUCAGACUUUCGUGUUAUAGGUUCUUCUAUACAAAACGUAUGUAUUGCCUUUUAUUAUGACAUAUUUAGUAAUCAUUAUCAGGGCCGUAUAUGAUAGAGGGUUUUAAGGCCACUUGUCCCGGGCAACAGAAGUUUGGGGGGCAUCCAGGUGCCGGAAUGAUAUAUGAAAAACUUUUUGACCCUAGGCUUAGGAAAUGUAUGAAAAAUAAAGAUUGAUUUGUAUUUAUAUGAUUAAUAUAUCAAGAUUUCACGUGACAACAUAAUGGCAAUGUGACAUCCCGUGAACACAAAAUAUUUGAGUAUAUAGGUAUAAACGUUCCAUUGAUCAGCAAAUAUGAAAAAUUGGGAAAAUCGGUACAAUAUUAAAUAAUUAUUAUUAAAGAAUAUAUAUAAUGGCUAUUUAAUUAUUUUUUCAUAAUAUGGUGCAUAUAUUGUUGACAAAACAUCAUUAUUAACUGAACUCCGUUUUUAAUAAGCAAUGGUUUAUCGUUGCUUACAGAUACAAAUUAAUUUUCCUUCUAUAUCCUACCUUCCCGACUUCUCACCAAUAACAGUGGCUGCAUCCAUGUGCGAAGUAUGUCAGUCUUUUUUGUUUUGAAAUAAUUAAUGUAACAGUGUGAAGAUUUGAUUUCAAAAUUAUACUAAAUAAAAUGUUAUGAGAUUAAUAUACUUAUUUUUACUCUUAAAAUUAUGAACGUUUGAUAAAAUUGCUGAACAACAAUAUUUCAAAUUGGUAAUAAACAUAAUUUUGGUAGAUAGUUAUAACUUGCAAGUUUGCAAAUUUUUAAUUUUUUCCUUAACUUCUUAGAUAUUGUAAGGAUACUUUUAAUUUUUUUACCGAUAAGGGCUUCAAAAAAGAUUUGCCCUAGGCAUCUGAACAUCUAAAUUCAACUCUUUUCAUUAUGACUAAUACUAUGUUAAAUACAUCUAAUAUAUUAUUCAUAUUACAAGUAUAUCAUACUGAUAUAAAAAAUUACUUACAGGUUAAUAUAUUAAGACCUUUUCAAGGAUGGGAAGAAAUUAAUCCAAAUGAAUUACAAAAUGGCGUAAAGCAAGUUAUACAAAAUGCAUUAAAAGGUUACAUAGUACCAAUUAUAAUAUUCUUAAUUACUAUUAUUUAACAAAAUAUGUUUUGAAUAUUUUAUACAAAAAUUGUUUAAUUAAAUUAAAAAUAGUCCAGAACCACUUGACAGGUUAUGUACCUGAUUAAGGGGUGGAAGUUAAAAUUGUCAACUAAUAAUAAGCUAUCAAUUUAUCAAAUUUUUUAAAACAGGAUCUCAUUAGAAAAUCAAAAAUCGGCAAUGGUUUCACCACCGCCAAACUAAAAUAAAUAAAAAGAUAAUGUAAAAUUGUAGAACUCAGUGUGUCUGUAUGUGUAUAUUUAAUUUUUUAAAAUGAAAAUUACAAAAAAUCUAAUAAUUUCUGAGACAAAAAGUCAUUAAAAAUUGAAUUCAUAAUUCAUAAAAUACUAUUUUUUAUAUUUUUGGAAAUAGAUGCAGAUCUUAUGUCAAAAAAUAUAAAAUGUAUUGGUUUAUCAACUCAGCGUAACACAUUUAUAACUUGGAAUAAAACGACGGGUGAGCAUUAUCAUAAUUUUAUUACGUGGGGAGAUUCACGUUCAAGUGUAAUAGUUCAACAAUUGAACCAGUCAAUUACAUUUAAAGUAUGUAUAAUAUAAGUUUUUUAAAGAUAUUGUAAUACAAACUAAUAAUUAUAAUUGAUAUAAUAAUGUAUCAUUCUAAUCCUUUUUAGAUAGUCAAAUUUAUUUCAAAAAUAUUGUACUUAAUUUUUGCAAAAAAAGAAUUCAAAGUAGCAAAAUCCUUUACUUUUUCAAGCAUUCAAGUAUUAUUAUUUAUUUAUUAUAUUCUUUUGUAUAAUACUUAUAUCUAAAAUAAUCUCAUUAUAGAUUUUACCAAAACUGUUAUGGUUGUUACAAAAUAAUCGAAAAUUUAGACAAGAUAUGAGAAAUGAUGAUGUUCAAUUCGGCACUUUAGACACUUGGAUAUUAUAUCAAGCCAGUAACAGAAAAUUACAUGUAACUGAUGUCUCAUGUGCUAGCGCUACUGGAUUGUUCAACUUGUUCACUAUGUCUUGGAUGCCUAAUUAUAUUUUUCAAUAUUUUGGAAUCCCAUAUUCUAUAUUACCAAGUAUUUGCAGUUCGAAUAUAUCCACUUGUCUUAUAGAAAACAGUGUAACUUGCAAAAUUUCCAAUAUUACAAUUGCAUGUUCAGUAAGUUAACUCAUUUAAUAAUAAAAUUGGAUUAAACAAAUAAAAAGUUAAUAUAAAACAUAAAAUCCUGUAAUUAAAAAUAGUUAAGUGUUAAAUAUGAUUAAGCUAAUUUAAUUUAAAAAAGUAUUCAAAUAAUUAAAUUCACAUUAUAGUAAAUUUUUUUGUAACUUAUUUCAUAAUCGAUUAUAUUAUAUUAUAAUGUUUGUUGUUAUUAUUUAGCUUGCUGAUCAAUCAGCUUCAUUAUAUGGUACAGGUUCAUUCUCAAAAUAUACAGCAAAAGUUACUAUGGGAACUGGAAUGUUUCUAGACAUAAAUUGUGGUUCAGCCCCGGAAGUAUGUUUAGGUUAGAUAUAUAGAAUAUAUACGUAUAUUAAUUAUUAUUAUAAUUAACCCGCCAUGAGUUGCAUCACGGUCUAAAAUGGCGUGUAUCUAUUUUUUUUACAAAUUACUCAUUGUGUCUUUAAUGUGUAAUUAUUAUGUCAAACUAUUAUUUAAAGCUAUUUAGAACUAUUGUUUAUUGAAUUUGUAGACAUUUGUAUAAUCAGUAGGACCUGGAAUUAUAUGCACUAAAAAUUUACAAAAUAUGCAUGCAUUUAUGCACUGAUUAUCAUUAAAAUAUGUAAACAAAAAUGAUUACAACAACUGGUUUCGAUCAAAUUAAUUUUAUCUAGAAGUGAUUAGAUAAUAUAAGAAAACAAAUUUCUUACGAACCAUAGGUAUACGUGAGUAAAACCAACAAACAAUAGUAAAACAAAUUGGUUUGAAACACUUAGGUAUUAGACUAUAAUGCAAUGAAAAAUUGUAAAAUAUAGACAUGCAGUAUACAAAAAAAUAUGCAAAAUAAAAUUUUAUAUUUUGGAUCUGUUGACUAUAAUUCAAACUUGGAGCUUACCUAGCUACUUUUUGGAUUGCUAAAAAAAAAUAUGCAAAUGUAUAUAAAUCUAGGCCCUAAUAUUAUCAGUAACCUGUCAAAAAGACAGUAUGCGACUAAACUCUUAAUGAAUUUUGUUAGGUAUUAUUUUUAUCCGUGACUAAUUUUAGAAAAUAUAGUUCCUUUAUCUAUCUGGUUCUUGUUAAUCAGUAUAAUUUGAUUGCAAACGAUUUUCGUCAUUUUAGUUACCUAUGUAUACUACUGGCUUGUAUAUUAUUAUAUUUUACGGUAAAUUAACAUAAUAAUUCCAAUACCAUCAACUUUUAUUUUAAAAUAUAAUAAAUAAUUAAAGUUUAAUUCUUGUACAUCAGUAUUAAAUGUAUUUGUGUUUAAAGUAUAUGAAAAAAAAUAUGAGAUAUGAUACUAUGAGCGGUCAAAAAUACCUUGUGGUGGCCACAAGUUAUAAAUAAUGAUGCAACUCAUUGCAAGUUAAUUAAAACUGUUGCAAGCAAUUUUUAUUUAAAAAAAAAAAUAUAUUUAUUAAUAUUUACUGUUGUUAGCUUUUCAAUGGUAGUAUAGAAAAAAACCUUGUUUCAUAUUUCUAUUAUUUAAUGCUUGUAUAAAUUAUUAAAAUUAGGAUAUUUUCCAUUGGUUGGAUGGACAUUUAACAAUGAUAUUUGUUUUUCGUUGGAGGCAGUUGAUUACAAUAGUGGCUCGUUAAUUCAACUUGGAAAAUCCAUUGGUGAGGUUUUUAAUUAUUUGUUUUUUGUAUGUAUUGUAUUGUAUAAAUAUUUAAUUUUUGCAUCUAUUAAUAGUAAAUUUUAAUAAUCCAAAGGAGUUAAACGAUAUAUUAAAACAAGGAAAUGAAUUUUCAACUAAUAAUUUAUUGUUUGUUUUACCCGAUACUGAAGUGAGUGGUUGUAUGUAAUAAUACAAACAUAUUCUAAUUAUUAAUUAAUAAUUAUAUAUAAAUAAAUAUUUUAGUUUUCCAAAUCAAUAAGGAGGGAUUUUAGUUUUAUUGGUGUUACAUCAUCUACUACAAAAACAGAUAUGGCAAUAUCUAUUUUAGAAUCAUUUGCGUUUAGAAUUAAAAAAAUUUUGGAUAAUCUUCACAAUGAAAUGCCACAAAUGGUGUUGAAUACUUUAUGGUAUUAGUAAUAAUGUUAAAAACAUUUAAUAUUUUUUAUUAUUUUGUAUUUCUUGUUUUACAGGGUUGAUGGCGGUGUGUCUCGAAAUGAUUACAUUUGUCAAACAAUUGCUGAUGUUACUUCCACUACAGUAGUAAGAAUGAAAAAUAGUAACAGAAUAGAAGUAUCUUGUUUAGGUGCAGCUUUUAUGGCUGGGUUAUCAUCAGGUAUGUGCCUAUAGUAUAUUCAGCGAGAGAACACGUCAGUUCUGCACAUCCCCUCUAAGAUACCUGGUCGUCGUGAUGACGCUCAAUUACGGUGUUCACUGAUAAGUAGAAUGGUACGCUAUGGGUGAAUGACACAAGGGAAAGCAUAGAACGGACCAAUUUUUAUCGGGCUGAGGCGUGUUCUCUCGUUAAUAGUGUAAUAUAUACAGAUUAAUAUGUGUAUGUCACAUCCAUAUGGUAUAAUCAAACUUUUCAAAAAAUUUAUAUCCCUGUUAUGAAUAUUAAGUGUCCUAUUACAUGAACCUGAAAAUUGCAUAUACGUUCUGAUCAAAAUUCAUAAAAUGGAUAUUCAUUUUGUGGAUAAUUUGAUUACAUUAUAUGGAUGCAACAUAUUAUUAUAAUGAUAAAAUUGUGUAUUUCAUAUAAAGUUCAUGAAAUAGAAACCCUUUAUUUUCACUUAAUUAAAUACUUAAUAAUUUUCUUUAGUGAAUAUCAUUUCACAAAAUCAUCUUUUGACCAUUCACUCCAUGAAACAAAAUAUAAUGUACACAAUUACAUGCUAAUGAAUAUAAUAAAAAAUGAUCAAAUCAUUUUUAUUAUCAAUAUAAAAUAUAAAAUCACAUGGUACCAAAUAUAAUAUCUACCCAUUUUAUGACAUUUUUUAGUGUUCUACUAAGUGGGAAAAAAAUUACUUCCUUUAAGAAUAAAAUUUAUAAAAUUAAAACAUUGAAACUUUCAUCAAGUUUGAUUUAUGAUUCUACAUUGAUUAAAUAUAAUUCUUAACUCAAAUUUGGCUCAGUUGACUUUAAAAUUGGAAUUAUAGCCAUUGUAUUAUAUAUAACUCAAUGUUAUGUUUUAAACUAACUUAAUAAUAUAUUAUUUUUUUUUAUCCUCAGGUGUAUGGACAAAUAAGAAUGAAUUGAAAUAUUUCAGGAACAGAACUGAUCAUAAAUUUAUUCCAAAUAAUAAAGAUAAUUUUACAAAUGAAUAUAAAUAUAUAAGAUGGUUAUACAAUCAAAAAUGUCUGUAUUAA